GAUGUUGUUAUAGUAACGAAUAUAUUUAUCUUCACCAUGGUAGUCUUUAUGUAACGUACCAAAUAUUAGAACGUUUAUAAUGUUGAUUUUUAGAAUAUACUCUUCUGCAGCAGAGUUAGCUAUUGUUGUUUUAUAUUUUACAUGUUAACCUUAACAAAGAGUUUAGGUAUGCGUAUUCAUAUUCCUUGAAGUUGAACUAACCAGGGGUGAAUAUGAAUGCAAACCAAAUGUCCUCAGGUAAAGUCUUAAUUCUGUCAAAAACUGAAUUAGACAGAAUCAAAGGAAAUGUGUAUCAAGCAACACACAAGAGUGCAGAACUUCUGGCUCAGCAGGCUGAGCGAGAACAGAUGAGAGAAUGUUCCAGGAAUAUGUCAAAAAACUGGACAAAUACAAUAGUGGGACAGAGACUAAAGAAACAGGAAGCAAGGAAGCAAAAACAGCAGAAGGAAGAGGAAGAAAGAAUUCAGUUAGACUUAGAAGAAGCUCAGUAUCAGGCUCAGAAAAGAAAAGAAGCAAUAGAAAAAGCCAAAAGACUUCAAUACUAUCAAACUGAUCGCAUUAAAAAAUUGCAUGGAGCUCUUCUUCUCAGUGAAGUUUUACGGGAACGAGAUGUACAAGUUCAGUUCAAAAAUAAAAUCAUGCAAAUACACAAAACAAAGGAAGCUGAGUAUGUUGAAUUUAUUAAAGAAGAAUAUAAAAAAUAUUUGGAUGAGCACAAAAAGAUAGAACAAGAAAAAAUUAAGAAGAGACAGCAAGUUGAUGAAGAACUAAAAAAGCAGAUACAGGAACUCAAAGAAAAUGAACAGCAGUAUAUAGAAGCUUUACAAAAAGAAAGAAAACAAGUCCAACAACAAGAUGAACAGUUUAAACAAGAGCAGAAAAAAAGAAAGAGCAAGAAAAAGAAGCCAAGCAUGUACGAUGAAGCAAGAAGAGCUCAGAUAUUUGCAGGAGCCAAAGAGAAGAUGAUGAAGAUGAGAAAAGAAAAAGAACAAGAAGAGUACAGAAAAAAGCUGGAACAAAAAGAAAAGAUGAUAGAGUUGUUAGUUUCACACCUUGGAAAGAAAUUUCAAAAGGAGGAAGAUUUUUUCGAAAAGAGUAAAGCAGAAAUAGAAAAACAGCAACAGGAACUAGAAAGAAGAAAAGCUGAAGAAAGAAAGAAAAUUACUGAGGAAAUUCUGAAAAGUCAUCAGCAACAGGCUCAAGAGAAGAAGCAAAAGUUUGAACAAGAGAAGUUGAUUGAGUUGGAGGACAUGUAUCAGCGGGAGGAAGCUGCAAAGCUCUUUCAUCGUACCCAACAAGAUCAGAAACAAAGAAGAUUGAAUGCUGCACAUAACUGUGAAGACUUCCAAAAGCAACAAGCUAAAGAAAAAUUGGAAACCAAAAAGGAACUACAAAAACAACAACUGGAAGAUGACCUUAAACUUUAUGAGCAGUUACAUAAAGAAGAAGCAACUUUCCAGAACUAUGCACAGGAAUUGAUUCGAGAGAGUGAGGCUAAAAACAGAAAAACCUUUCCGCUUUACCGUGCUGCCAUGCCAGGGAUUGGAGGAGGAUUUGGUCCUGUAUACAAAGAAAGAGGUGGUAUUCGACCAAGUUACUUAGCCUCAAACCAAAGUGGAGCAGAAAUGCCUCAUUCUCAACCACCCGUAUCUCCAGAGUUCUCCCAAACACAGACGUAUGAAAGACUUGGGUUUAUAUGAUAACACUGGUUUUUAUCCAAGUCUUAACUCAGACGUAUUGUUUGAGGUAAUUUCACUAAGCUAGUCAAAGAAGUUAAUCAUUCUAAUAGUUUUGUAGUUCUCUUAUAUUUUAUACCUUAUAAAAUUUUUGUAAUAUUGAAACAAAAAACUUGCAACAAAACUGGUACUUUUGAUAGGAAUUUAAGGUAUUGUAUUUGUUGAAAUUCAUAGAAAUAUCAUUCCAUAAACAGAUGAAAACAUCAAAAUGAAUGGUAUGAUGGACAAGUUAAUUAAAAUUGGAAUUUAAAAAUAAUGGAUUUGCUUUCACUGUUCUCAAAAUUUAUAUUUCAUUAAUUGAAUGGGUACAACAGUUCUUAAUAUCAUGGUGUUAUUCAUUUUUCUGUAGUCGUGAGGAUGUAUCUAAUUAAAAUUACCUAGUUUGCACAAAAUUACCUGUGUAAAAGUCAAUUAUCAGAUAUGUUUUGAAUAAUUUUAAUUUAUUAGUAAAGUGAAAUGUGUGUUACUGUUCCUUACAUUAAAAUAAAACUACAUAGUAGAUUACACAUAUAGCUUUGUUCAGUGUAAAGAAUUGGAGAAUUAGAUACACAAAACAUUUGGUACAGUAUGGAAAUAUUAUAACAAAGCAGGAAAAAAACUGAAGUUCUUAUAAGUAUACAUUUUUGUUUAUAUACCUGAAAUAUAAUGUUUCUGUACUAUCUAGAACUUUUAACUGUUCCUCUGAUGUAAUAUAAUACUGUUCCUUAUAAAAGGUUAAUUUGAUCAUCACAAUUGGAAAAAUAAUGUAUUUAAUUUUUUCAUCACUAGUAAAUAAUAUAUCCUUAUUCAAUUAUAUUAAGAUAAUUUUUUCAAACUUUUUGUAUAAGUCUUCUGCAUUUAUAGCUGGCAUUCUGGGAAACAGGAUGUGAAGGGUCGUAAACUUCUGGUACUCCUCUAAUUUAUACAAAGAUUACAUACUACAAUGAUUGUUCAGUGGAAUUGAUACUUGUUUGAACCUGUUUCUGUAUCAUCACUCCAUUGGGGUGUAGUUCAUACUCAAGUUGAGGGAGUGGUGCAGGAUUUUGUACAAGUUAGUAUGAGUUGGGGUUUUACUGGCCUUUAAUAUGCACAAUAGGAAUGAUUGUUGACAUAAGUAAUCUAGGGUUGUUGAAUGUCACACUAGGAACUUUUGCUGUGACUUAAUAGUGUGAUAUCAUCAUGACCUUGCUUCAGCCUUCAUCUGAUAUAGGUGACUCUCUCUCCAGCUCCAGCAAUCAGAGAAGUUCAAUAAAAGAUCAUAAAAACUGACCAGCUGUAGUCAAGAUCCUAGACUUUACUUUGAAUAAAAAUUUUGUUUUUAUCUA